GCGGUGACGCAGCAGGAGGAGCUGAGGCGGCGCUUCCCGCCCUUCCUCCUCCUCCUCCUCCUCCUCCGCUCCCGCCGGACGGGGACAGAGCGGCGGAGCCGGGGUCCCUCAGCUGCCGCCGGGGCCUGGGGGAACAGCCGGGCUGCCUCCGGCCAUGGUGGCCCGCUCGCCGGCGGAGGGGCAGGAGCAGGCAGGGCGGCGGCGGCCGCCAUUGCUCGCGGGGGCCGCGGUACUAUGAAGGAUGGAAGCGGACGAGGUGACGAUCCGGGAGCAGAACUUCCACAGCCAAGUGCGGGAGUACACGAUCUGUUUUCUCCUGUUUGCUGUUCUCUACAUUGUUUCUUAUUUUAUAAUCACAAGAUACAAAAGGAAAGCAGAUGAGCAAGAGGAUGAAGAUGCCAUCGUUAACAGAAUAUCGCUGUUCUUGAGCACCUUCACUCUAGCAGUUUCAGCUGGUGCAGUCCUGCUUCUACCUUUCUCAAUAAUCAGCAAUGAGAUCCUGCUUUCUUUUCCACAAAACUACUAUAUUCAGUGGUUAAAUGGCUCACUAAUUCAUGGUUUGUGGAAUCUUGCUUCUCUUUUUUCAAAUCUAUGUUUGUUUGUGUUGAUGCCCUUUGCGUUUUUCUUCCUGGAAUCAGAAGGUUUUGCUGGCUUAAAAAAGGGCAUCAGAGCACGCAUUUUGGAAACCCUUGUAAUGCUUAUUCUUCUUGCACUGCUUAUCCUUGGAAUUGUAUGGGUGGCUUCAGCACUCAUAGACAAUGAUGCUGCCAGUAUGGAGUCUUUAUAUGACCUCUGGGAAUUCUACCUCCCGUAUUUAUAUUCCUGUAUAUCACUGAUGGGAUGCUUGUUACUUCUGUUGUGCACGCCAGUGGGACUCUCACGGAUGUUUACAGUAAUGGGUCAGUUGCUGGUGAAGCCGACAAUCCUGGAAGACCUAGAUGAGCAGAUGUAUAUCAUCACUCUAGAGGAAGAAGCAAUUCAGAGGAAGCUUAAUGGCGUGUCUUCCACAGUUGAAUACCAGACGGUAGAGUUGGAGCGUGAGCUUGAAAAGGUGAAAAGCAAGAAAACAAAUCUAGAACGGAGGAAAAAAGCUUCUGCUUGGGAAAGGAAUUUAGUCUAUCCAGCUGUCAUGAUAUUGUUGCUGAUUGAGACGUCCUUUUCGGUUCUCUUAGUCGCUCUCAACAUUCUAUACCUGUUGGUUGAUGAGACUGCAAUGCCAAAGGGAUCAGGGGGGCCUGGAAUAGGAAAUGCCUCGUUAUCCACCUUUGGCUUUGUGGGAGCAGCACUUGAAAUCAUUUUGAUUUUCUAUCUUAUGGUAUCUUCUGUCGUCGGCUUCUACAGUCUUCGUUUUUUUGAGAAUUUCACUCCCAGGAAGGAUGACACAACUAUGACAAAGAUUAUUGGAAACUGUGUCUCAAUCUUGGUGCUGAGCUCUGCUUUGCCAGUGAUGUCAAGGACAUUGGGAAUCACCAGAUUUGAUCUGCUUGGAGACUUUGGAAGGUUCAACUGGCUGGGGAACUUCUAUAUUGUGUUGUCUUACAACUUGCUCUUUGCUAUCAUGACAACGCUGUGUCUGGUCAGAAAGUUCACUUCAGCUGUGCGAGAAGAACUCCUGAAGGCAUUAGGAUUAGAUAAACUCCAUCUAUCAAACAAUCCAAGAGACUCDGAGACAAAGCCUUCUGCAAAUGGGCAUCAGAAAACACUGUGAUAACAAUCACCUGCAAUCAACAGAGCUGAAAACAUCAGCCUCACGGCAUUCCUGUCAUCUCAUCAGCGUUUUUAUAUUGCUUUUAGUUGUUAGUUUGGGUUGAGCCUUGUCUCAUUUUGAUGCUGUGUUCAUCUGAGGAAGUUAUGUGUGUCAGAUUCUUCUCUUUCCAGUGAACUUUUGGUCUGCUUGUUUAUUUCCCAGUAAGUUAAUGCAGGAGGUGCCUUGAAGACUGGAAGCUGAAGAGAAUAAUGCAUUCCUUUUUAUUUGUUGAAAGUCUCACAUCUUUAUUUUUAAACUUGCUACCAUUUGAAUGCACAGUACUUCCUGUGUUACACAAACACAACUAUAGAGUAACUUUGGGACUUGAUUUAAAAAAAAAAAAGAAAAAGAAGAAAACAUACACUUGAAGGCCAAUAUGAUCCUUACUGGAAAUGUCAAGUACCUGGAGUAGGCAUCCUUGACAGGAGGUAACAGUUCUACUGAGAGUCAGUUAAAAAUGCCAGUAGAGAUCACAGUUCCCUUGGUGCUGGAUGUAGGAGGCUGUGUCAUGAAGCUUUCUCAGAAGGCCAGUGUUCUCAGCUCUCUGUCCUUAGCACUAAAUGCCAGGUUGCUUUACUGGUGGUCAAACAAUGUCUUAUUGAAGUCCAAGAAGAUGAAGAUUAACUUCAGUGUUAAAUCUGAGCCUAGUAUGCUUUGUAAAAAGCUGUGUAGACCCCCUGUCACAGCUCUUACAGUUCUGUGAGUGCCGUGGAGGUCCCUUACCCUACCCAGUACCCCCUGUGAAAUUCUUGAUGAACUACUGUGUCUGAGCAGUACCUGGAAUCAAUGCAAGUAGCACAGGCCUAGGAGGCUGCAGUUGCAGUUUUCURGUCUUUAAUUUGAAGCAAAUUUCUCUGAAUUUAUACUUCAUUUACCAGGAUUUCUGUUCAGUGGCAUAAUCCCRUUGUCUGUCACUAUCCUGUUUUUUAAUGUACACACAAAAAUGUAUAUAGACCUAUAUGUGUAGAUAUCGUAAAUUAAAUUCUAAGGUUGUAGAAAUUACAUAGAUGGUUUGGUAAGUAUAAUUUGUGUGUUCAGUCUUGGUAGUUUGAAUUUCUGCAGUGUUACAGUUUAACUGCUGAGAGGCCUUAGGUUCAGGAUGGCAUCAGUGGGUGGUAGUGUCCUUUUUCGUUACAUUUACUUCACCCUUAGGAAUCCCUUCAACAGUUUAUAGUAAAGAAAAAACCAAGUAAGUAUUCAAAAUCUGGUUGCACUUUUGUCCUGCUCAGCCACAAGUAAUCUUCAAACAGAUUGGAAUGGGGACACCUUCAGUGAGUGCCCAUCAUGUAGGGAGCCAGAAAAUCUUCCUGUUUUUUUCCCUUUUCUGUAAAACAAGUCUGCCUGUCUGUAGUUUGAGGUCAUGUAUCAGUUGGUGACAAUUUGCAGUGUGGUUCUGAAAUAGGUAAACCUUGUGUCAGAAACCCUUUGGCUGUUCUCCUGAGAUGACUGCUCUGGGCUGUAGACCUUAUUGCUGUGUGUGUGAAUGUCUGUUUGGUUUUUUUYCCCUAAAGUGCUUCAAAAAUCAAGCUCCAGUACAUGUGAGGAUUUAUGUUUUUUCCAGCUGCCUUUUCUGACUUGAACUGGGGCAUAAUGUAAAUAUUUCUGUAGUAAAUACAAUUCUAGAGAGUUACAUUUUGUGUGUGUGAUUAGUAUAAAUUCAAGGCUUAUUGAACUGACUAUUGAUGUGUUGUAUCAAGUCUUGGAAGAAAAAGUAAAAUUGCUUGAUUUCACUAAGAUACAAGCAUCUUUUCUGUUGUUUARUGCUGACACUUUAGUGAGAUAUCUUUAUCCGAGUCAAAGUUCUUCAGUCAAUAACUGGGAGCUAUAAUUAAAAGUUGUUCUAAAAUGGGUUUAURUUUAAAAUAUUAGGAGAUAUAUUAUUAGGGGCAUCAUUCAGGUAUUCUCAGAGCUUGUAGCCUUAUGUAUUGGCAUCAUAGAAACCAGUGAAAGGUGUCCACUUCUUCAUGCAAGUCAUUGUAUGAUCAAAAUUGUCCUUGUGUCUUAAUUGGGCUGGUGAAUUGUGAUGUGUGAGGCCAGUUAGCUUUAUAGAAAAAUUUCUAUUACAAUGCCAAGACACUUAAUACACUCUGAAACUGAAGAAAUUAAUCUUAGGAAGAAACCUAGGAGUGUGAAUAAUCAUACUUAACCAGCAUAGGUCUUGCUCUUCGUGCCUUUGGAGAGAUGUUUUUCCUGGUAUCAGUGACCCAAGAACACAGAAAGAGGUGGAUUAUAAUAUGUAGUGGCUUCUGACUUGGGCAGUUACUUCAACUGAGUAUGGGCAGUUCCUGCUGAGAAGCAGUCAAGCUUCAGACAAGACUUUAAAACUCUUUUUCAAAACAAAUGUUMCAGCCUCAGCUGUCCCUACCCCUUCUGCUGGAUUCUGCAAGCAGAUGUUUGGGUUAAGGCUGCRUUAGGGAAGACUUUACACUGGAUUCUGUGGGAUGGUUGAGGUGCCGUGGGGUUUCCAAGGUGGGCAAGAAAUUCAGAACUACCCCGUGCAACUACUGACAGUGUUUUGUUUUAAAAUCAACUGCUGAUAUUGUGACAUUGUCCACAUUAAAAUACACCUUUGGCCUUGAAAAUGACAUGCUUUUGCAAAGCUUUGUUACUGCAUGCAAGAUACAGGUCACUGUAUAUUUUUCACAGAAGCAUAUGGUCACUUAAGUACAAGCAACUGGUAAUUCAUUAAUGGAUGUUGACAAUACAUUCCUAGUAUUUUGACUCAUGUAGAGUCAGGUGGUCUAUACCUUCAAGGUAUAUACAGCUGAUCUUAGUAACAUUAACAUCUGCCUCACUUCUUAAGAGGCAAAAAGCACAUUGAUGCUUCCAUCUUCAACUAGAUGCCACGCAAGACCAAAAAAUAAGUGUAAACUGAGUGUUUUAAGUUAGCCUUUUUUGGACUUUAUUCCAUGUUGGUAGCACAAUAUUCAAUGCAGUGGCAGAACUGUAAUAUUUGUGGGGUUUCUAAGCAUAAAGCACAUGCUUAUCACUUUUAGCUAAAAAAUAGUAGUAUUGGUUACUGUACAAGUAACAGUUUUGCAUUCAUAGGAAGCUUUGUUUACUGUCUAUAAUGUGAUGUUUGUCUUUGGCCCUGUUCCUCCAAUACCUUUGACUCUGUUGACUGUUUUGGUGUCAUAGAAAUUAAAAGACUUGACAAGUUGUUUUCCUUGYCUGGUUCCCAAGUAUCACCUGCAGCAGCAGUGGAGGGAGGCUGGGCUGCCUGUGCAGGCAGGAACUCCUGCAGCAGGUGUUCGGCAGGAUGGACAUGGAUCCUGGGGACACAUCCUCCCAAAUGUCACCAGGAGUGACAUGUCCUCCCAUGUGUCACCAAUAAUGACAUAUCCUCCCUGUGUCACCAGGAGUUUCGAGUGCCCAGGGGCUGCAGCCCCUGUCUGUCCCACCGGGUCUCUGCCAGUCACCUGUGCAGCAGCUGAUGCUACUUGAGGUGCUCACAUGUGCCUAGUGCARUGUAGUGAAGAUAUGAUGGCCCUUUUAAAAAGAAUUUACUGUCUAAAUUAGAAAGGAGUAAGGCAGAAACAGACAGCAGUUGGCCUUGUCCUGCAUGUGGCUUUCCUUGAAUUCUUUAGGCAUGCUCCAGGUUAUUUCCCUUCUCUUCUUUCUCUUCCAGAAUUGGGGUAUGAUGUAUGUACAGCUGCUGAGCCUUACCCUUAGUGGGCUAGCAUUUAAAAUUUUGAAAUAACAAAUACAAUUAAACUGUUAAAUCCUGUUUAACAUAUUCUCUGAUCUUGAAAAUAGCAUUUUUUUAAAAUCRAGGUGAAAUAAUCCAAACAGAGAUAGGACACUAAGGCCACAUAAAUAACCUCUUAAAAAGAAAGUGCUUAGUUUUGUUUAAAAGAGUGUUGAUAUGAACUGUGAACCUUUGUUUUGAUGAAAUAACAUUCCCUACCUCCUAGCAUUAGGAUUUUUGUUGUUAUUUURGUGCUAAAUUGAGACAAUAUUACCUACCCUGACUUUGCAAUCCAUGAAAGCUGAAUUUGUUAUUGAUAAGCUGGCUGGUUAUUUCAGUCACAUUGGCAAUAUUUGAACUUUACUAAAAUGCUGCUCUUGAAUUCAUCCCGCUCAGCAAGAGCAGACUAAGACCACAGCCACCACCCAGAUGGUGAUAGAGCUUCUGCCCCCUUUUCUUCCUUGUUCCCCGCCCUUACUUCAGGCAAGGUUGGCGUUUUACAGAAGCUUCUCUUGUAUGAAGUUGAAGUGCUGUUCUUAGAAUGAAGGUGCUGAACUGGGUGACUUUUGGUGGGAAUUGCAGACUCCUGGGAUUUUCAGGUGAUAGCUGAGGUGUUCUGGAAUGGAGCAUGGCACUUUCAGGUGUUUUGUUUGGGCUCGGAAUUUAUUCAGGAUCUUCUGUCUGUACGUGACUGUGCAGCCAUUCUGUGUUUGAAUGGCUUCUUGCUKUCUCAAGAGCUGUGUGGUUCUCAGAGGAACUGUGACCCUCCACACCACAGCCAGAGAGGAUCUCCAAGCUGCUCUUGAGCAAUUAAAGCCCAAAAAUAUGGGUCAGAAUUGUAGGAAGGAGAACACAUCUCAUGGGGAAUCAACACCAAAUGUGACUUCCAGAGUACCCCCUGUGCCCAAUAAUUGGAUAAGGGUGGUGGCUGAGGGAAAUGACAUGGAGCUCACCUGUGUAGACUCUUUGGUUAUUUUUCUAGCCAGUCUUUAAAAUUCUAGAUUACUAAAACUAUUACGUGGAAUUCACAUAAUAGAGGGGCUGAUGAAACUUGUUUUUAUAAAUCUGGCCUUAAUUCUUAGAGAUAUCCCACAUCUCAGUUUGCUUCCCUUUAGUGUUUUCAGGUUAUUCACUGUCCUACUCAGUGGCCUUUGUGCUAAGAACAGAUACUCUUGAGAUGGACAAAACAAGAAAUAGYCGAAGAAUCCAUAUAGAUUUGAUACAUGCACUGUAAGAAAACAUACCAGAAGGCAACUUUAAUGGAAGGCUUUUGAAAUAUUUCAUAAUUGAAGCACCUAAAACUCCUCUUCYAAAGAGAAAGAAAUGUGUAUCAUUAGUAUACAAAUGUCAAUUAUAUGUUCUCUAAAUAAGCCAGUAAUUCACUGACACUGAAAAGAAAUUAAUCCCUACCUAAAGUGUCUUUUGGGAUUCACAGUGAUAGGGUAUUGUGAACUUUGUAGAAGCCUGUGAACUUCUGAAGGUAUCUCUUGUAGCAACAGAAACCUGAGGAUGCUUGUUAGUUUUGUGUUAAUUACCGUAUUUUCUCAGUAACUUUUUAGUUUCUUUAUUAUAAUUUUUAAAAUAUGUGURGCAUUAAUUAUUUUAACAAAUACAGGAGGUGACUCCUAAUAGUCAAAGAGAUAGUAUGAGAAAUACCUUGUAAAUGCUGAUAUUCUUGACAUACUGAAUUCCAAGGUAUUUAAAAGCUGUAUCUGUAUGAAGGCCUUGCAUCAACAUAGAAAUUUGGAAAUCCUAAUUCUUAAAGGCUUUUAGGUAUCUGAAUGGUGGUAUGUACCUACAUGAGCACUUUGGGAUGCUGCUUCUAAGUGUUUGUUGCUCACUAACCCCAAGUGUUGCUGUUGCUUUUCUCACUGCUCACCAUUACAUUGUUUUAUAGUCGGCGUCACUGGAUGAAGCUCCUUUCCUGAACGGGGCUUUAUUUUGCAUUCCUYCAGCAUCAAGGCACCUUUGAUUUUAAUGUAUUUCUUUUUCCCAUGUAGCUUGUACACAGACACUCCCUAGUUAGAACUGUUCUUCCACUAUAAAAAUGUUCACUUUUAUUAGUUAAUUUGUUUUCUGCCACUAGAUUCGAAUUAAGCAAUCCUGUCACUAGAAGGUCCUCUAAUAAAUUACCAAGAGCUCAGUUUGAGUCAGUCUGAAUUAGGAGUGAGAGGGUUUAGUCCUUGCAUAUAUUUGUGCUUGUAGCUUCCAGUAGGGUACAGUCCCRCUGCCCAGCAAGGGGAACAAGCUGGUGCAGCCAUUCAGAGCCCAUGGGGUGGCUGUCACUGCAGAGUGUCCCAUGUGUGGAGCUGCUUUGCAGCUCAUCUCAGUGGGAUGUACAGAGAGAACCCUCAGCUCUYGCUGCCUCCCUCAGGGGGAGAUGGACACACUUUGUGUCAGCAGCGUGUAGCUCUCGUGUUCUCAUCAGGGCUUUGUGAGGUGCCGAGGUGAGGCUCUUCACCUGUUUUCUGCAUUUUUGUAUUUCAUGUGUAUGAGCAUGUUUUGGGCCUUCUCUCGCCAUGUAAAUUGAUCAUUCAGAGAAGUGGCAUGAUGGUGAUACCUGUGCAGUGGAUUCAGUGGGUGUGUUUAAAUGCUUAAGAAGAAAAUUAGCUGGUGCAUGAUUUCCCUUUUUUCCCUAACCAUGAGUUUCUUUCCAGUCUGGACCAAAAUUCUAAGAGUCACAAAAUCUCUGUGAGUAAUUUUCUCUUCCUUAGCUUUAUAUAACAAAAUAAAGUUGAGUCACUUUUACUUUCUUAAAGAUAGGUUUCAAAGUACUUUUGCCUUUUUUGGUGUGACUUCUGUUGCUUUAAAAAGAAGUGGAUAGAUAACGAAGAUACAUUUGGGUCAUGGGAUUUGAAAUCUUGAAAGUGUGUGUAUAAAACACACAUACACAAUAAAAGAGUACAUUUCUUUUCUUGUGGGCUUUGGGACCCAACCCUGCUUUAUCUAAAUAGRAAUCACGUGUUGCUCUUGUCUCCACUAAGUUUUGUGUUUAAAGUUCCCAGAGAGGAGACUGAGGAUGUCCUCAGGGUGCUGCUGGCACCCCAACCCCUGUCACAUUGAAUUGGCUUCAUGUGGGCUUGUGACCAUAAAAUCACAAUUCUGAGCUGGCGUUUCUGUGGCUGUUGGUGCUGCUGGCUGGGCUGUGACGAUGGCAGCAGCUACCUGCACUGUGCACAUUCAGCUUUUCCACUGCAGUGUUACUGGUUAAUAUCACAGUUUACAAAAAGAGUCAUAAAUUACGCACAAUCUAACCUGUGUGAGGCUGGGAGGUGCUGGAUGGAACUCGUGGUGCCCUCUUGGUCUGAUUUGUGCUUUAGGCUUUGUAAACUCCACAGUSUUGAGCAACUGAAUUUUCUUUCACAUGGAUGCAUCUGACCAAGGUAUAACACAGCUGAAAAAUUGUKCUUUUAGUGUUACUUUAAUCACAACAGUUUUUGAUGUAGAUACCCUUUCCCCACCAACCCUUCUUGGUUCAUUUUAGGUCAUCCAGAAUUCCUGUUCAUAGUGUUCUCUGUUGUGGAUAUUUUGUUGUGUUACAAAAAUAAAUGAAAAUAUCUUCUGCCUUAGCUAGGCUGAUUUUUUUUUUGUUUGUUUUGCUUUGUGGAAAGCAGUGGUAAUAUGUUUUUUUCCUUUGUUUGAAAUGUUACACUGAAUGUUUUGUAGGAAAUUUUUUUUACUGUGUUUUCAAUAAAGUGUUAUUCAUAGCA